GAAGCAGGAAAAGUUCUUGGACGAUUUUGAAGAACCACUUAAAGUAGAAGUCCCGGAGAAGCAAUAGUGUCAUUUUGAUAAAUCUAACCUUUCAAAUAUAAUAACCGACUUUUUUUUUGUUUAAUUCAAUAUGACUUCAUCUGCCGUUCUCAAUUCAGCAGUUAGAGCAGGUGCGCGGCUUCCGCCCUUACCAACUAUCCGCGAUCUGGUGCGUUUGUACAAACUCCGUGCUAUCAAACAACUUUCCCAGAACUUUCUUAUGGAUGAACGUUUGACAAACAAAAUUGUUCGAGCAGCAGGAAAUAUAACUGAUGGGUAUGUACUCGAAGUUGGACCGGGCCCUGGUGGAAUAACCAGAUCCAUUAUUAAAAAAUUUCCACGCCACUUGGUGGUGGUUGAGAAAGAUAGACGUUUUCUACCAACCCUGGAGCUUUUAUCGGAAGUUUCAAACGGUUUUAUGCAGAUGGACAUCGUUCGUGGAGACAUACUACAGUAUCAAACAGAAACUGCAUUUCCAGACUGUCCUAGAUUCGACUGGAAUGACAAACGUGCACCAGUUCAUCUUAUUGGCAAUUUACCGUUUGCCAUUUCAACUCGUUUACUUAUUAAUUGGCUUCGGGAUAUCAGUCUAAAAACUGGAGCUUGGUCAUUCGGAAGAAGCAGUAUGACUCUUACUUUUCAAAAGGAAGUUGCUGAGCGAAUAAUAGCGCCGAUUUCAGCCCAGAAUAGGUGCCGUCUUUCAGUUAUGAAUCAAAUCUGGAGUCGCGCCGAACUAAAGUUUCUUAUUCCGGGAAAAGCUUUCGUCCCUAAGCCAGACGUGGAUGUUGGAGUUGUUUCUAUUAUUCCGUUGAAAACACCGCUUACCACCAUCCACUUUGAUAUCGUGGAGAAAGUUGUGCGCCACAUUUUCUCAAUGAGACAGAAAUAUUGUAGACGAGGCGUGUCUAAUCUGUAUCCGCCACCGCUGCGAGAAGAACUAACGGAGCUUACUUUCCGAAUAGCGGACGUUGAUCCAUUGGCACGACCCUUUCAGCUUUCGACGGACGAGUGUUUGAGAAUUGCUGGAGCAUAUGAACAACUAGUGCGGGCGAAUCCGGAGAUCGAGAACUAUAACUAUCGAGCACAGAAAAAUAAUGAUGAAGAUUUGUAAAAAACUUAUUUCAUGUAGCAUUAAAGUU